UCAAAUCAUAUAAUAAAUUUAUUAAAAAUACUAAACAUGAACUUUUUCUUUGAAGAGAAAUCACAAAUGGCUAAUCAGAGGAGCUCUAACAGUGUUCCUGAAAUUUCAAAGCCUAUUAUGGAUGACCAAGAGUCUUCUCAGUACUCAAGAUGCCCUAAAGCUCCAGUUCUGAAGCCAAGGAACACUUGUUUCAAAUAUAAUUCGUCAAAAUCAUUCUUACCAAAAGAAGACUCAGUAAAGUAUACUCCUUUCUUCUUUUCAUCAGGAGAAGAGUCCUCAGAUGAAGAACUAUUCGACAGUACCUCAGAUAUUCCUGCCAUCAGUGAUGGAAGUUCUUCUCAAGGAAACUAAAUAACUUUGCGUGCAAAGGCUAUAGUACAAUAUGAUAUAUUAGUGAACAUAUGGCUCUCAGUAAGCCUCUGUUCAUUAACCUAAUUAAUUAUGAUAUAAA